GAAUACACCUUGGGCGGAUGACAUAUUUACCGCAUGGCCGUCAAAACAACGUUGUUUACGAAUACCGACUGCACGCCGUCGAAACUGGUGAUCGUGAUUGGAAGGUGAAUUUAAUUGAAACAAUAACUAUCGGUUCUUUCCAGUAAUUUACCACGAAAGCCUUCAGUAUGGUGCGCCGAUUAAGAAAAACCAAGAAAAACCAGAAAUAUAACUACAACUGCAAUAGAAAGCGCUUGGGCAAGAAAAAUCGUCGAAAUGGACACAUCAACGAUCCCGAAAUUCGUGCGGCCUACGACGAGAAGAAGAAACCAGCUAACAACAUUCGCGAAAUGGGCCUGGCGUACGAUGUGAACCGUGCCAUACCAAUCCCGAACGUGAAGCAGCAAAUCAAAGCGAUGGAGUUGGAGCUAUCCGGACAGAAAGCACGCCCGUCCAGGGGGAAUUCGAGCAAGGAACAGCCGAAACAAUACGUGGCCGCACGUCUGGAGGAGGAUGCGAAUGAAUACGCCGGUUCGCGGUUCCGCAUGGCUCGGUCGAUGGUGCGCGUCAUCACGGAUAUGAUCGAUCGGCACGGAUUCAACUACAAAGCGAUGUCACUCGAUUGGCGCAACUACGAGCAGGUAACGUGGCGCCAGUUUCGCACCAAGGUUCGCAAGUUUCUGCGCAUUCCGGAGCAGUGUACGCCGUACCUGGAGCAGAAAGGUUGGCUCGACUGCGACAUGAACGAUCCGAACGAUCCACGAUGGAAGGAAUAUAGUACCGAUGAUGAAUCGUAGUGCGUGCGAUGGUAGCUUAUAAGGUUGGAACAGUUGUCAAUAAAAAAUUUACAAUUCAUCGUAAUA